UCAAUUCUGGCAUCUUCCUUUUCCAAGCUGCGGACUCCAACUUCUCACUAAGUUUAUUAGGUGCAAUCAAAGCCAAGUCAAGCACAAUUAGAAACUUCAAAUUUUGUUCUACCUUGGUAUGCAAAAGCACAGUGCAAACUUCCUCCUUCUACCUUGGGGUGUUUAGUAUAAAAAGUGGUAGGUGUUCAUAUUCCUAGGAUCGUGAUACAGCCAGUCGUAAAUCCAAACAAUGGACUUAAAACUUAGCAGUUUCAUUGUUGACGGUACUGUGGAACAGAAUUUUGAAAACCACAAAGUGGAAGGACAAAACUCAGCACCUAGCAACAAACAAUGAGAGACAUAAGAUCAUGAUUAAGAGCCAAAAAGAAGCAGAUUUUCAAUUAAAACAGGAGGGUCUUUCUCAAUCAAUUAAUGAUCCUGAAAAGGCAAAGGCUACAUCAAGCUCAGUAGCACAAUGGCCAAGAUUGAAGGAUCCAAGGAUUGUUCGAGUAUCCAGAGCCUUUGGAGGAAAAGACAGGCAUAGCAAGGUUUGCACUAUAAGAGGGUUAAGAGACAGACGGGUGAGGCUAUCAGUACCAACUGCCAUCCAACUCUAUGAUCUUCAAGAUAGGCUAGGGCUCAGUCAACCUAGCAAGGUUGUUGAUUGGUUGCUCAAUGCAGCUAAGCAUGAAAUUGAUGAACUUCCACCACUUCCCAUUAUUCCUUCAGUGAAUAACUUCACCCUUGGUUAUCCAUCUGCUGUUACUUCUAAUGAAGCUACCACCUCAAAUUCUCAGCCUAAUGAGCAACUUCUUAAUAUCAACAGAAGCAUUCAAUGGGAAGAUUCAAACCAUAAUUCUACAUGGAAAUUAAAGGCUAAAGAAGUUUCAGGAGAAAUGGUUAGCACUGAUAAACCAAAUUGGAUAAGUAGAAGUGAAGAGGAUAAGCAAGGAAGCAAUAAUCAAGGACCUAGCACACAUGUUAUACCAAAUAUUAAUCUCUUACCAAGAGCAAAUCUUAAUCAUCCUUCAUUCUUGGGCUUGCUGAAUACUAUGCCACAUGGUUACCGAUGGGAACAUUCUGCUGGUGAUGUUUCUCAUCCGUUGGGCAACAAUGAAUUAUCAAACCUAACAGAUAUACACAACAAUAUUAACGUUGUACCUUUCCCAACAUCAUCAUUGUCUUUAUCAACUGGGAAUUCUCAAAUUAUGCUAUGUCCUCCAGGAGCAACGCAACCAUAUUUCCCUUCACAUGUUACAGCAAUGGACAUGGAUCCGAGGCAAAUCAACCACUAUCAGAUGUUGAGUUCAGGUUCUGAAAAUCCAUUGGCGAAUUCUCUCAAUCAUUCUUUCAGCCUGGCUAUGAUGGCUCAUAAACCUCUUCUUUCACCCAACAGCAGCAAGAGCCCCUCUCACAAAGACCAAGAUUUUCCUUAAUUCCAAGUGAUACACAAAAUACAAAGUUUGUCUCAAUUCUCCUCCUCUUACAAUAUGCAUGGAUCAUGAAGACUACGAGAAGCUUCUUCAAUUACAAGAUAUUCCACAUUACCACGGGUUUGAAUAAUCAUUUUGUUUGUGAAUGCAUGUUUGGAUUUCCUUCUAUUUUUUUUAAUUAUAUAGGUAACCCUUAAAUUUUCCCUUCAGUUUUUUCAGUUUAUAUAUUCCACGAAACGAUCUAACAUGAAUGGCUUUCUAAGGGUAUUUUGUAAGAACUAUCCUCUAAGUGACAAUGAAUAGCUUAAGAACUCCAAGAGAAUGCAUAUAUUGUGCAAAUCUUUUACUCUUA